AAAAUUUGUUAGUAAAUAAAAUCCUGAGUUUUUCUGAACUUUGGUGAGCUUUCAUUGGUCUCAGUUAUGGUUGGUUUCAGUAAAAUUAUAUGUGGUUCAGCUAAUCCCAAGAUUUCAUUUUACUGGUUGCAUGCAGAAAGUGUCAGUCAUUUCCACAUGCUAAUCUGUUGUGCAGGAACUGAUUCACUUUCAAACUAUAUCACUUCACAAACUUGUUCUCAUUUUUCCUCUUUACAGCAUAUCUCAAAACAACGCGUACCUGGUUUGUCUGAUGAUUUGAUAAAAAAUGGAAAGCACUUCAUAUUAAUACGAAAUCCACUUAGUAUUUUGCCAUCUUUUGACAAGGUCGUGCCCCCAUCGUUUCUCGAGCUAGGAUUGGGAGAAUUGGUCUCCAUAUACAGUGAGCUUUGUGAAUUGGGAAAGCCCCCAGCAGUCAUUGAUGCAUCAGAACUUCAAGAAAAUCCCGAGGUUCCUAGAUCUUUUUGAAUUAGCCUGAUAAGCUUGAAGUGUUUUCUUUUUCGUGUUUUAUCUUUUUUCCUUUUCCAGCUACAUAAAGCAUGGGAUUCUAUGCUGCUCCUGGAAAGAAUGUGUGCUAGUUUUGA